AUGAGCCUCAAGCGCAAGGCCGCCGACGCCGCUACCGACGCCGCUAAGAAGACGAAGGUCAAUGGCAGCAUCACGUCGUUCUUUGGCGCGCCCAAGCCCAAGGCGGGCGCGACGGCCGCGGCGAAAUUUGACAAGGACGCGUGGAUUGCGAAGCUCACGGAUGAGCAGAAAGAGUUGCUGAAGCUGGAGAUUGACACGCUGCAUGAGAGCUGGCUGCCGCAUCUGAAGGAGGUCCUGCUCAGCCCGACAUUUCUCAGCUUGAAGCGGUUCCUGAAGCAGGAACUCGAGAGUGGGAAGACGGUGUAUCCGCCCAUGCAGGACGUCUAUUCCUGGUCGCGUCACACGCCGCUCAACACCGUCAAGGCAGUCAUCACAGGUCAGGACCCCUACCACAAUCCCAAACAAGCCCACGGCCUCUGCUUCUCCGUCCGCCCGCCUACGCCCGCUCCACCCUCGCUCAAAAACAUAUACACCGCUCUCAAGAAGGACUACCCGGAUUUCAAGGAGCCUCCGAACAGGGGCGGUCUGCUGACACCGUGGUCUGACCGCGGCGUGUUGAUGCUGAACACGUGUCUCACAGUGCGGAGAAACGAGGCCAAUUCGCACUCUGGCAAGGGAUGGGAGCUUCUUACGCAGAAGGUGAUUGACACUGUGGCCAAGGUGCGGACGAAUGGCGUGGUGUUUUUGGCGUGGGGCUCGCCGGCGCAGCAGAGAGUCAAGGAUGUGGAGAAGGUUUACAAGGAGAGGCAUCUCAUUCUGAAAAGUGUGCAUCCUAGUCCGCUAGCUGCGCACAAGGGUUUUUUUGAUUGCGGACACUUCAAGAAGGCAAACGACUGGCUGCAGGCGAAGUAUGGGAAGGAUGAAGGCAUUGAUUGGAACCUCGAUGUCGACCCGGAGGAGGCAGGUGUCUAG